AUGAAUAACGUUUCUGAAUGUGAGCAUGAAAAUCUGAUUCAGUACAUGCGUAGGAGCAAAGAUUAUUCGUCAGAUAUCGAAGUACCAACCAAACAUUCUUCGUCAGACAUCGAAGUACCAGCCAAACAAUCUUCGUCAGACAUCGAAGUACCAACCAAAGAUUCUUCGUCAGACAUCGAAGUAUCAACCAAAUAUUAUUCGUCAGACAUCGAGGUAUCAACCAAAGAUUCUUCGUCAGACAUCGAAGUACCAACCAAAGAUUCUUCGUCUGACAUCGAAGUACCAACCAAAUAUUCUUCGUCAGACAUCGAAGUACCAACCAAACAUUCUUCAUCAGACAUCGAAGUACCAACCAAAGAUUCUUUAUCAGACAUCGAAGUAUCAACCAAAGAUUCUUCGUCAGACAUCGAAGUACCAACCAAAGAUUCUUUAUCAGACAUCGAAGUACCAACCAAAGAUUCUUCGUCAGACAUCGAAGUAUCAACCAAAGAUUCUUCGUCAGACAUCGAAGUAUCAACCAAAGAUUCUUCAUCAGACAUCGAAGUACCAACCAAAGGAUAA